GCACGCGUUCGACAGAAAAAAAUACCCAUCCCCAAUUCGUGCGGCCGCGCACCCCACCGAUGGAUCCGCCGCUCCCCCCCGCCGCUGGCACGCCAUCCUCCGCCGCGCCGUCCUCCCCGCACCCUGGCCUGUAUCCUCUCCGCCGCGCCCUCCUCCCCGCGUCGUCCGAGUCCUCCGGGCGCGGUUCGCCGAAGGCGAGGCCCAGGCCGAUGCGCUCCUGGCCCGCGCCGGCCGGUUCGAGCGCACGCCGCCGAUCGCGACCAGCUGCUCAUCACUCUCCUCUCCGAUGCGGGAAACGGCCGAGAGGAGGAGGACGCGCGGGAGGCGGGGCAGCGUCCGAUCCGGCCGAGGCUUACGGCGACACGGACGCGGAGGCUCUGGUAGCGGUCGCUGCGCUCCCUCCGUUCACUACCUUCCCGAUGGCUUUCUCUGUUCAAUUGCUUAAUUUGGUUGUCUUGUCUUACCUGAACUGCAAGGGAACCAACAUACAUGGCAUGAUGGAUGGAGAUCAGUAGAUGUUUUUUUGUUCUGUUCACAUGCUUUCUAAUAGUUUCCAUAGGAUUAUAGGCAUGAGCUUUGAGCAAUAGGCAUAAAUUUGUUGUAAUCAAUCAAAGGCAGUGAGAACAUUUACUGAAAUCUUUAGAAGUGGGGAUCCUCUGAAUUUCUUUGAUUGAACGUCCAACGAGGAUCUCAUCUUAUAGUAACUCUGAAACAUUGUAUUGGUAGUUUUUAUCUUUA